GAAGUCAUAAAUCUUCGACAUAAUCAAAUCAAAGAUUUAAAUUUCUUAACAGAUGUCAGGCUUAACAACUUAAAAGAACUUUAUCUUAAUCACAAUAAAUUAAAAGUAAUUGAAAGUAUUCAUUUCAGAAAUGUACCUAAUUUAAAAAUUCUUGACAUAAGCUCUAAUGACAUUAUUGGCUUAAAUGAUUUCACAUUCCAUAACUUGGUAAAUUUAGAAGAUUUUUUAAAAGCAAAUGAAAAAUUAACAGAAAUUCCAAAUUUCUUUUUUAAAAAUUUAUCAAGUUUGAAUAAACUUGACUUAAGUUACAACAGCUUUAAAUCUUUGGGUUCACAUGUUUUUGAUGAUUUGAAAAAUUUAACAAAAAUCGAUUUAACAAAAAACAAAUGGAGAUGUGAUUGUACU